UCAACAACUAGUUGAUAUCAUAUCCAGGCUGUUUAUGUAUCACAUCAACGACUAGUUGAUAUCAUAUCCAGGCUGUUUAUGUAUCACAUCAACGACUAGUUGAUAUCAUAUCCAGGCUGUUUAUGUAUCAAGUCAACGACUAGUUGAUAUCAUAUCCAGGCUGUUUAUGUAUCAAGUCAACGACUAGUUGGAUAAUUCUAUUAUCUUCCUAACAGAUUAUUGUAACGUCUGUGUGUUUCCCUUUUCCCGAUAAUAGUCCUGUGAAUGGUCUGCAUCGCAGUGCUUGAGGCGUCACUACAGAGCCGGGUUCGAUCCCAGGCUUUGUCACAGUCGGCCGUGACCGUGAGGCGGCGCACAAUUGGCCCAGUGUCUUCCGGGUUAGGGGAGGGUUUGGCCGGCACAGAUUUCCUUGUCCCAUCAUGCUCUAGCGACUCCUUGUGGCGGGCCGUGUGCCUGCAAGCUGGCUUCGGUCACCAGAUGGACAGUGUUUCCUCCGACAUAUUGGUGCGGUGGGCUUCCGGGUUAACAGUACGGCUUGGAGGGUCGUGUUUCAGAGGACGCUCUUGACUUUCGCCUUUCCUGAGUCCGUAGGGGAGUUGCAGCGAUGGGACAACACUGUAACUACCAAUUGGAUAUCACGUAGGGGGAAAAAAUCCACUGAAUGAAAACUCUCUCUCCUGUCCUCCGCAAAUCCCCAAUGCUUGUGUGUGUCUAUUUGUUUGCAAAACCUUUAUAAAUAGUGUUUUUCAUCCUUUCCCCCAAUACAAGUACACUAAACAGAAGCUUCUCCUUCCUCUCUCCUGUCCUCAGCAAAUCCCCAACGCCCAUAAGGACUGGGUGUGUGCGCUGGCCUAUGUUCCGGGUCGGCCCAUGCUGCUGAGUGCAUGUCGGGGGGGCAUGCUGAAGGUGUGGAACGUUGACAACUUCACCCCCAUAGGAGAGGUCAGGGGUCACGAGAGCCCUAUCAACGCCAUCUGCACCAACUCACGACACAUCUUCACCGCUUCCAGUGACUGCAGGGUGAAGUUAUGGAGUUAUGUCCCAGGUCUGACCCCCUGUCUACCUCGACGGGUUCUGGCCAUCAAGGGUCGCGCUACCAGCCUCCCGUGAGCCUUCACUCCAGCUCACAACCCCGCCUCUGGUACUUCCAUUCAUUCUCUUCAUCUCUCUAGAGCCCUGUCUCGCGCCGUUGCUUCUGUUCUCCUCUGGAACUCAUUAAGUCCCUGGUUUUUCUCUCCCUGUCUUCAUUUGGCUAAUGCCUUUGCAAUCUCUACUCUCCUCUGGUAUAUUCCUUUUAUCCAUUUCUUUCUCUUCUUCUUGCUAUGUUGCACUCUCAAGACAUUUCUUUGUCUUCACAAUACACUUUCCCAACUUCUCCUCUUCCCCUGUUCCCCCUUUUGGUCUUCAAAUGAAGAUCCUAAUAGGUAGAGACACGACAG